UCGUAAAGCAAUAAACAUCCUGUUAUCGGUACAUGUGUGGCCCUGAAACUGAUAAUUAGAUCAAACACUGUAAAUCAACUGAUAGCAAGCAGGAUAACGAUUGAGUCGAUUCAGUUCUCCGGAUGUGAAUCGAGUAUGUUGCACUUAGUUUUGGUUAUCGUUGGAUGCCAUGCGGUACUCGGACUGCCCGCACGCAGCGGGCCUUACCCCAGAACAACACAUGGACCAAUGCUUGGAGGCCCUUCACCUCUUGCCAGCUUCGGUGGUCCCAGAGCGUUGGCUGAUCCACUACCAUCUGCACUCCCUAAUCCUGAUGCGUACUCUAGACUGCCACACCAUUCUCUGAUGUCUGGACCUGGAGCUUCGUCAAAAGCAAAAGCAGAAGCCACGCCAUUUAGUCUGGCGAGCCUAUCUUCUCUCAACGCGGGACCUCAGCCCAAGGUGUUCCAGAGAGGAGCAUCCUCCGGUCCUACACCAAAACCCUCUGCUCGCGCUUCCCCUGAAGCCCUUUUCAAAAAUGCCAUCUCCGGACCUCAUGCUUAUCGCGGACCUCAUGCUCUUCCAUCACCAAGUCCGGAACCUCUCCACAGAGGAGCCCAGUCAGGUCCCAGUGCUGAUGCCCAGCCUAUUGCCUCUCCUUUCCCAUCUCACCGGGCUUUCUUCGCGGGUUCUGGUCCACAACCCGGAGCUAAACCUGCGGGUUCUGGUCCACAACCCGGAGCUAAACUUGCGGGUUCUGGUCCACAACCCGGAGCUAAACCUGCAGCUUCUGCUCAACCCAGUCCUAACGCCAAACAAGCCAAAUCUGUCCCAAAGUCAGGCCCCAGUGCUGAUCCCCAGCCUUCAGCCUCUCCUUUCGCUGCUCUCUUUUCUUACUUACUUGGAUUUGGUCCAAAACCCAGUGCUAAACCUGCAGCUUCUGCUCAACCUAGUCCUAAUGCAAAAAAAACCCAAUCCGGCACACAGUCAGGGCCACAACCUGUAGCUUCUGCUUAUCACGCAGGAAGUCAGUCAGGUCCCCAACCUGGGCCACAGCCUGUAGCUUCUUCUUACGGUAGUGCAACUGCUUAUCACGGAGGAAGUCAGUCAGGUCCCCAACCUGGGCCACAGCCUGUAGCGUCUCCAUAUGGCAGCGCCUCAGCUUAUCAGACAGGAAGUCAGUCAGGUCCCCAACCUGGACCACAGCCUGUAGCUUCUUCACAUAGUAGCGCCUCAGCUUAUCAGACAGGAAGUCAGUCAGGUCCUCAACCCGGACCUCAGCCUAAAUCUGACUCUAAGUCUACUGCGUAUGGCAGUCUUGAUUCACAUGCUAGAGGGCCUCAACCAGGUCCUCUAUCUAAAACUGAGCCUGCAGCCUCUUCUCCUGCAAGAGGUCCUCAACCUUCAGCUGAGGCCAAGUCUUCCCCUUAUCCUAGUCCGGAUGCUUUUCCUAGAGGGCCACAGCCUGGACCACAGCCGAGAACAGAAGCGUCAGCUUCUGCAAAUCAAAGAGGACCACAACCUGAUCCCAAAUCUUCUCCUUUCCCGGACCCAGAUGCAUUCCCCAGGGGUCCUCAACCAGCCCCUCAACCUAGAUCUGAACCAAGUGCUCAACCUAAAUCCCAACCAGAUGCAAAAUCUUCCAAAUCUAAAUCCGAUACCCGCACCAACGCAUCUCGCUAAUGGUGUAUUGUAGAAUAAUUAAACUUUUGUACAAAUUUCUCGAUACUGA